AUGGCCAACUUCAACGGGCGCCGCGUCCCCAACUUCUCUCAAUACCUCGAUGACCUGAAUGCCAUCCCGUCGCCCUACGACCAGGCUGUGCAGCAGCGCCAGCAGGAGAACACUUUCAACCUCGAUGAGGAACUCGCCCUCUUCACCAACACCGAGUUCUUCGAUUUCGACAAGUUCACCGACCUCGGUCUGCCUGCCUUCGAUGCCGUCGAUCAAAAGUCUUCGCCCGUCGAGUCCCUCGCGGACCAGUCUACACAAAAUGCCGAUAUGAAGUUCUUGGAAUUCCUGCAUGGUAAGUCUUUGGAGGGAGAUACCCUGGGAUACUCUUGGUCGCGUUUGGAUGGUUGGACAUUUUCCUUUGAGAAGGGCACAACUCUCCCCCUGGGUCACACUCGUCUCGAUUGGUCCGGUCCUUAUGGCUGUCGUUCUCAUGAAACCAUGCAUGAUUGCUGGUGA